CUCAUAGCUUCCUGAAUGUUUGCCUUCCUCUUGCCACUCAGGUGGGAGAAACCAGGUCAUAGUCCACCUUUUGGAUAUGAUUUCUGGUACCAACCUCGUCACAAGACAAUGAUCAGCACAUCGUGGGGAGCUCCAGCAGCUUUCACAAAAGGAUUCAACCUUCAACAUGUUGCAGAUGGUCUGUAUGGACGACAUCUUAGUGUAUACAGCUGGCCUGAUGGUGAACUAAAACAAACAUUGGAUCUUGGAAAUACUGGCCUUUUACCCCUGGAGAUCAGGUUCCUUCAUGAUCCUUCCAAAGAUACUGGCUUUGUUGGCUGUGCAUUAACAAGCAACAUGGUGAGAUUUUUCAAGACAGAAGAUGGAUCGUGGAGCCAUGAGGUUGCAAUUUCUGUGCAGCCUCUGAAGGUUCAGAACUGGAUUCUUCCAGAGAUGCCUGCGCUCAUAACUGACUUUUUGAUAUCUCUUGAUGAUCGCUACUUCUACUUUGUGAACUGGCUCCAUGGGGAUGUGAGACAAUAUAAUAUUGAGGACCCCAAGAAACCUGUAUUGACAGGCCAAGUAUGGGUUGGGGGACUGAUUCGAAAGGGAAGUCCUAUUGUUGCUGAGAGAGAAGAUGGGAAACAAUUUCAAUUUGAUGUCCCCGAAGUCCAGGUUAGUAUCUGCUUUA